AUGGGGAAGCGGUAUUACUGCGACUACUGUGACCGGUCCUUUCAGGACAACAUGCACAACAGGAAAAAACACCUGUAUGGCGUUCAACACCACAGAUCUAAAAAGGCCUGGUUUGACAAUUUCAGGGGUAAGUCAUUUCAUUUCCCAAAAGUUUCAUGGUGCAUUGAAGACAACUGAGAACAACAACAAAACAAUUAGAUCAUACUGGGAGAAGUCUUUACGUAAGUGAUCUUCAGGUCAGAGAAGUCAGAGAUCUAGGAUGAUGCCUGUGUUUGUGACUUGUAAUUCCGAGUUGGAUGACCGUAAAAAUAUAUUUUUCCCAGUCUGAUUUUUUUUUUUUUUUUGGGGGGGGGGGGAGUUCCCAGUUGUCUUGAAUGCACCAUUAGUCCAACAUGGUUUGGGGGUCAGAACAAAUUUUUUUUGCUGCCUGGUGCUCUUAAAGGGCCAAUCAGCAGUUAAAACAAGAACAAAGCCACUGUUUCUGUAAAAAUGUGAUGGAUGGGGCUGGAGAAAUUUGAAACCCCACCUCUUUAAGGAAUACCUGGGAUAGGAUAAAGUAAUCCUUCUACCCCCCCCCCCCUAAAAAUAAAAAUAUGUAAAGUGGUUAUCCCACUGGCUAUAAGGUGAAUGCACCUAUUUGUAAGUCGCUCUGGAUAAGAGCAUCUGCUAAAUGACGUAAAUGUAAAUGUAAAUGAGAAAAUUAAUCACUCCCAAAUUCAUAGACAGAGCUUUGGAUGCAAGGACAGGGACUGACCAUUGAUAAUAUCAGAAUUAUUGUUUAAACCAUGUUUUUAGGCUAUACAGUGUUUGUUUACAUUUACUUUGUUUACAAACAUUGGAGUAAAACAAGCUUAUGUUUUGCAUUCUGACAGUUAAACUAAGCACAUGAGGCAUUUAUAAGUUAUAUUCUUCAAGAAUCAGUGGGUACAUAUCAUUAAUUUGUAACUCUAAAAAUGGAGACUUGGUAUAAGGUGCACUUUGAAAAAGGGCACUCUAUGGACUGGCAGAAAACCAAUGGGGAUGAUGGCCACCACUUAGUAAACGAAAAAUUUAGAAAAAAUAAUUAUCUUGCACUCUUUUAGAACGAAUGAAGGCACUUCUUCAUUUAAAAGGCUUUAUUUACUUGGCAUUUCAGUAGACAUGUUUAAAAAUAGCAGGACCAACGCCAACAUGUUUUGACUUGGUAUCAGCCUUCAUCAGAUCAGGGCUUAAAGGUUUGACACAGUAACCAAUUAGAAGACAUGUAACAUAAUUAAACAAAAUAACAGCAUAAAGAGAUGGUUGGGGUUCAAUUCAGAAUGAUGUGAUCAAAUACAUUUCAGUUCAUGUCCUUUUCUAAAUGAAAUUGCAGUCGAUUGUUAUCUGACAGUUGCCGGAAGAUACCAAUCCUACCAUUACGCUUGUUUACACUGAGCUGCACUGGGGUCGGAAAACAUACCUCAAUGCAGGGAUGGGAUAUGCCACUGUACUCCAAAUUGUACCUUUAUCCACACCGCUCCAUCGAGAAGAUUGAAAUACUUACUGCCAGUUUUCCUGGAAAACUGCCCAUUCCGUCCUCAUGCUAGCUAGCAGUAGCCACAGCAGCCAUUAUGGAAUGGCAUGUCACGUUGAACAACAAAGGAGCUAAUUGGCUGAUACUGCCAUUCCAAAAUGGCUGCUGUGGCUACUGUAUGUUUUCCGACCCAUGUCUCACGCCGGCUGCACGGUGUCUUAAUGUAGUCAUGAUUGUAUUCCAACCCUUGUGCAGCUUAGUGUAAACAAGUGUAAUGGUAGGGUUGGUAUCUUCUGGCAACAUCUGACAGAUACUUGUUGUAACAGGCUGUAGAUUUUGGUGUGUAGACAAUAUGACACCUCUUCUCUCAUCACAGAUGCAGCAGCCAUCCUGUAUGAUGAACAAACUAAGAAACCCUGCAGGAAGUUUCUUCAGACAGGUAAAGACAACAAAGAUACAAUUAACGUUUCAUGAAAGACCCUUACAACUAUCAGUGUGUAAUGCUUAUUUUUUGUCCUUUGCAUCAGGCCAGUGUGUGUUUGGCAACAACUGCAGGUUCUCUCACAUGUCAGAGAGGGACAUGGAGAACCUAAGAAUGCAGAUUGAAGGUGAGUUGUUUCCACAAGAUGGCACUGUCUGCCAUGGAGAUGUUCCUCAUAUGGAGAGAGUUAGUUAAUGAGCAAUGCUGUCGUUUUACUCACACCUUGCAUGAUGAUAACAUUUUUAAGAAGUACAAUUUUCCAUCACUAUUGUGGCAAGUUACUCUGGUGUUUCAAUUAUGAACACACAAUGCCAUUUAAUUUAGGUGGUUAAAUGAAAUCUAGUAUUAAUCAUCUUUACUCAUUUCACUCAGAAUUCAAAGUUACCAUGGUGAUUGUGUUAAUGAGAUCCAUAUUAAGAGGUGUAGUCUAAUCUCUAGAUGAAAGAAGGAGCAGAGAGGACCCGGAGCACAGAGCGUCCCCUGAGCGGAGCAUAGAGGAGUGGCUCACCAGGAGAGAGAAGAAGAGAGCCGCCCUCAGCAGUGGAAGGUACAGUAUGAAUUAA